AUGAAAGAUCAAGUAAAAUCAGAUGAUUUAAUAAAAACAUUAGAACAAGAUCAUAUUCGUUUACAAACUGAACUUGAUGUAGUUAAACGUGAUCUUGAAGAACGUAAUCGUGAUUUACAAAAAGAACGAAUGCGUAUUGAAAAUAUGAUUCGACAUGAAGAAAAUUAUCAAUCAAAACAAAAAACACUUACUAAAUCACAUGAAGAAUUAGCAAAAGAAUGUGAAUCAUUGAAAAAAAAAAUAACAGAAUUAGAAAUUGAACGAGAUGAAUUACAAAAAUCAUUUCAAAUAAUUCAACAACAACAAGAAAAUCAAAUAUCUUCAGAUACUAUUAAAAUUCAAUCAUUUAUGGAAACACAUAAUCAUGUUUUACAAGAAGUUACUUCUCUUAAAUCAAAUAUUGAACAACUUCAACAACAACUUCAACAAAUGACUGAACGUGAAAAAACAUUAUUACAAUAUCCUGUUUCAAAUGGACCUAUUCAAAAUACAUCAACAACAAAUAAUUUUGUUCAUGAUAUGCAAACUCAAAUGCAAACAAAUGAACUUCGUAUUGAUUUAUUACAAAAACAAAAUGAUUCAUUGAAAUUCUCAUUAGAACAACUUCGACCUACAACAAAUCAUACGAAUCCAUUAUUAGUAACAGAAGAACGUUAUGAAGAAUUAAGAAAUCAAUCAAGACAAGAACAAUCAUAUUAUCAAUAUUCACAUGCAAAUGAAACAUUACCACCAGUAAAUUAUGAAUUUUAUCUUAAACAUUAA